UAGCAAUUUGAUAAAUAAUUUUGUAAACCGUUAACCGACAUUCGAUUCAAGUUCAGUUACUUUUUCUUCUUCAGUUUGGUUCGCGAAUAUUGUUACUUCUUACGCUGAAAUUUGUGCAAGCUGCAAUCGACGAAAUAGCAUAGUCGCAAAGUAGCUGCUUCAUUAGAAGCAGCCGGAAAUGUGUGAAUUUGGGAAAUGAAGGACAACGUUUCACUUUUGGAGAAGUCUGAAUUUAUUUACAACGAAGAACUAGUACAGAAAAUCUACAUACCUGCACUCGAACCGCAGGAAGAACUACUUUCAUACUACCAGUUUUUUCGUAAUCAACUAGUUAUUUAUUUGCGCGAAACACUGGAUCAUAUACUGUUGGUUGUUUUUAUUUAUACAUUGGUAUGCUUGAUCCUGUACAAACUGCUCUUUCAUCGCUGCAGUCAAUGGCUCAUGUUAUUCCGCAAAUGUCGUCUCCCUCAAACAAAUCGCGCUUUGCUGGUAACUGCUCAUCCCGAUGACGAAUGUAUGUUUUUUGGACCGACAAUUCUUGAACUCCGCCGUCGGAAUUGCCGCGUAUUUUUACUGUGUUUAUCAGAGGGAAAUUAUGGUCAACGUGGGGAAGAACGUCGACAGGAACUAUGGAACGCUUGCGAGUCGUUGGGGAUUAAACCGGAAGAUAUAACGCUACUAAACGCCACCCAUCUGCGGGAUGAUCCUGCACUGGAAUGGAAGACGGUGACUAUUGCUAACCAAAUUCUAAAGUAUUUAGAAUCGCUAGACAUUGAUCUUCUGGUUACCUUUGACAAGGAUGGUAUUAGCGGACAUCCGAAUCAUAGUGCAAUCUAUUAUGCGACAGCAUCGCUUUGUUUGGCUGGAUUGAUUCCAAGCAAAUGUAAGGUGUUAACACUGGAAACAGUCAAUAUUUGUCGAAAGUACAUAUCUGUGUUGGAUUUGCCGCUUACGUUGUUGCUUUCUACAAAUUGGGCCGUACUAAGUUGGCGCUCACGUCGUGCUGUACAAAAUUCUAUGAGGCUUCAUCGUUCGCAGCUUGUUUGGUUUCGGAAAUUGUACAUAAUAUUUUCGCGCUAUAUGGUCAUCAACUCAUUGAGAGAAAUCAACAAAUCAGAUGUUGAAUUCGAAAUUUUAGAUUCAUAACUAUUUAGCAAUGUUCACAGAUGACUCGCACGAAUAAGUAGGCAGUUAUGAAUAGUUUCUGUAAGCUUAUGUGCGGCUUAUUUUAUCGUUUAAAGCUAUUUUGUAUCAAGAUCCGAUCCAAUGCCAUCUAGUAUAGUAACAGAGCAAAUUUACUCUAUCAGCCUGAAGGAAAACAAAAGCGGAAGGAAUCUUUGAUUGAAACCGUAAAGCUUUUUCAGCUAGUCCUUUGAAAGUGCAACGUGUGGAACACUGUUUGAUGUGAAACAAACUUAGCUUAAUAUUGAUAUUUAUUUGAAGAGCGCGCAACAAGAAUAUAACUGAAAGUUAAAAGUUGUCGCUGAUAGACUUCAGUGCAUAAUUAAAUGAACCUCAACGCGACCGUUGUUUCGAUUAUGUUUGUUCCUCAAAUUAAUUUUUAAAGCUAUACUAAAGAUUUGUAAUUUGAUUUUCAGUGUUAUAAAUGUGUUGAUUUAAAAAUAACAAAAAAAUAUAUGUAAUAACAAAUCCGACAGAACUAGUUUGUCACACAUUUUUAGUGAAUAGCCCAUAACGUACUCAAUCGUUAACAGCAGUCACUAAACUAACUUUUGUCAUACAAAAUAACACGAUACAAUAUAUGUUCACU